CCCAUUUCAUAUAUUUUUUUAUUCUUUGACGUGAUUUCUCCCUUUCCUUAGUUGCUUGAAGCUCACAAAAUUUAGUUGCACUUUCCUUUGCAUUUCAACAUUCUCCGGUUAAGAAAGAUGUACUUGAGUUUGCAGUGAUUUAGAAGAUGAAUUUUAAGAAUGUCAAUGUUCCCAAGAUGCCUGGCGGGGGUGCAGUCUCUGCCUUAAUCAAACUGGGAGUUGUUGCAGGGCUUGGUGUAUAUGGAGUUUCUAACAGUCUCUACAAUGUUGAGGGAGGACACCGUGCUAUUGUUUUCAACCGUAUUGUUGGUAUCAAAGAUAAGGUCUAUCCUGAAGGGACUCACAUAAUGAUCCCAUGGUUUGAAAGGCCUGUCAUUUAUGAUGUCCGGGCUCGACCACAUCUAGUUGAGAGCACAUCAGGCAGUCGUGAUCUUCAGAUGGUCAAGAUUGGUCUUCGUGUUCUCACACGUCCUGUGCCCGACCAGUUGCCCACCAUUUAUCGAACUCUUGGUGAAAACUACAAUGAAAGAGUCCUGCCUUCAAUUAUCCACGAGACUCUGAAAGCUGUUGUUGCUCAAUACAAUGCAAGCCAGCUCAUUACCCAGAGAGAGCAUGUGUUAUCUUUCCUGAACAUUUUUUCUGCUCAUCAGAAUGUCAGUAGGGAAAUCAGGAAAAUAUUGACUGAGAGAGCUGCCUUCUUCAACAUUGCACUGGAUGAUGUGUCGAUUACGAGCCUGACCUUUGGAAGGGAAUUCACUGCCGCCAUAGAAGCUAAGCAGGUAGCUGCACAAGAAGCGGAGAGAGCCAAAUUUGUGGUCGAAAAGGCCGAGCAAGACAAGCGCAGUGCAAUUAUUAGAGCUCAGGGAGAGGCCAAGAGUGCCCAGCUGAUCGGUCAAGCUAUUGCCAACAACCCGGCUUUUAUCACGCUCAGGAGAAUCGAAGCAUCCAGAGAAAUUGCACACACACUUUCUGCUUCAAACAACAAGGUGUACUUGAACUCGGAUGAGCUUUUGUUGAACCUUCAGGAUCUCUCCUUGAAAGGUGGAAAAAACUGAAUGCUCAAGAUGAACCAGAUCUUUUGGGGGUGAGUUAAGGGAGUCUCAGACAUAAAACUUGAGCAGCAAUGCUUGUGAUGAGUGAGUAGUGGAUUCAGUAUGCUUUUGAUAAACCAACAUUGUGGGCAUCUGAAAAAUUCUCUAUCCUUUUGACUAUUUGGCACUGGUUCUUUUCAUUUAUGAUGGUGAUUUGCGGAUGUUUCUGUGCUUAAAUCUUGGAAUGUCUUGAUAUUGAUUUUUUUUUUGUUAUUUAGUCAUCUGCCAGUGCGUGAUUCAACGAGUCUGGAAUAUUUAAUAUGUUAAGA